AUGGCCCUGAGCCUGGAGCCCACGACCCACUUCCCCUCGCUGGCUCUCACAGGAAGCACCACGCCUGAGCUGCCGGGCGGCCCCAACGUGUCCCUCAGCAGCUCCUGGCCCGGCCCCACAGAGCCGCCCCCCCGGCAGGACCUGGUGGCCACGGCCAUUGGGGCUGUGCUCUCAGCUGUGGGCGUGGUGGGUGUGGUGGGCAACGCGUACACCCUGGUGGUCAUGUGCCGCUCCCUGCGGACCUCGGCCUCCCUGUAUGCCUACGUGGUCAGCCUGGCCCUGGCUGACCUGCUGAACCUGCUCAGCAUCCCCUUCAUCGUGGCCACCUACGUCACCAGGAACUGGCACUUUGGGGAUGUGGGCUGCCGUGUCCUCUUCAGCCUGGACUUGCUGACCACGCACGCCAGCAUCUUCACCCUGACCGUCAUGAGCAGUGAACGCUAUGCUGCGGUGCUCAGGCCUCUGGACGCGGCGCGGCGCUCCAAGGGUUACCGCAAGCUGCCGGCCCUGGGCACCUGGCUUCUGGCGCUGCUGCUGACGCUGCCCAUGACGCUGGCCAUCCGGCUGGUCCACAGAGGCUCCAAGAGCCUCUGCCUGCCAGCCUGGGGCCCCCACGCCCACCGCGCCUACCUGACGCUGCUCUUCGGAACCAGCAUCGUGGGGCCUGGCUUGAUCAUUGGGCUGCUGUACGUCCGCCUGGCCCGGGUCUACUGGCGGUCGCAGCAGGCCUCCUUCGCGCAGACACGGCGGCUGCCCAACCCCAGGGUCCUCUACCUCAUCCUGGGCAUCGUCCUGCUCUUCUGGGCCUGCUUCCUGCCCUUCUGGCUAUGGCAAAUGCUUGCCCACUACCAUGAGGCGGGGACCUGGUGCACACACGUGCACUUGGAGACUGCACAGUCCACGGAGGCACAGCAGGCCCCUGGACGCACCCCUGCACUCCCUGUCUCCUGGCACGCCGCACGGGUUGCAGCCGCGGCCAGCCCACAGCUGCAGCACAGCCAGUGCCAAGGAGCUGAUUCAUGGCAGUCUUUCUGGCUUGAGAACCCGGCAUCGCCUGGCCCGUGGCCCUGUCGGCCUGGCCGCCCUCCCGGCUCCAAGGCCACGCUGGGUCUCGGAGGAGCCCUGUCCACCCCUUAG